CACUCUCACUCACACACACACACACACACACACACACACACACACACUCACUCGCAGGAUGGACGCCACCUCGCUUAGCUGCUGUGGUACGUUACAGACCUUCAUCGUCGUCAUCUUCGUCCUUUCAGGUGUACACUUUUGUGCGGUCUCAUCCUUUAAGGUGACGGAGGGGGGCGUGGCCACUCUGUCCUGUCAGUACUCUGUGAAGCGUUUUGGUCUGAGUCGGGUCUGCUGGGGUCGCAGCUGCGGGACCUUCUGGUGCAGCAACAUUCUGGUGCAGACGGACGAGAACGGCGUCAUCUCAAAGGUGGAGGACCGGUACCGCCUGACUGGGGACGUCCUGGAUGGACAGAUGGAUCUUGAAAUCUUGAAUGUGAGGAGAACGGACAGCGGCCCAUACUGCUGCAGGGUGGACAUAGAUGGGAUCUUCAAUGACAAGAAGUCCAUCAUGAACCUGAGGGUGAUCAAAGCUCUGGUCACCAGCUCUCCUCCGACAACAACCUCAACAACAACCACCAAUCAAAUCACAGAGCAGUCGUCUUCCACAGUAAACUGGAAAUCUCUGCUGUCGUCUCAGCUCGACCUGCUGAAAAGAAACUCCACCCUGCUGCGCUCUGACAUCAUCACAGUGGAGGACUCUGUUCCCUCUCUCUCCCUUCAGAUAAAUGUUCCCGUCCUCUCUCUCUCCCUCACUGUGUUGUUGAUCUUGGCUGCUGUUUUUCUUGUUCUGGCCUUCAAACGUGGAAUCUACAACAGAGCCUUAAAGGUUGAUUGUUUCUCCUCUGAGGAGCCGCCUCACAUCAUCUAUGAAAUCCGGAUGAGACGACCGGUCCAGGAGAACAUCUACACUCUGGAUUAGAGAACCAGUCCUUAUCCAGACCUCUGAACACAGAGAGGUCAUGUUAAACUCUACAACCGUUAAAUAAAGUCAAUCAAACUAACCCUUCUUCAGGAAGUGAAAGUGUUGAUCAGAGUGAUUGAAGCCUGGUGUGUGGGUCACUGUGUUCAGAUGUUCUCAGUGAGAGGAUGCCGCUGUUUGUUUUCCUGCCAGAACAAAAUGAAUAAAAUCAUCAAACAUCGUGA